UUUACCAAAUGCCACAACAUAAAAUGGAUAGUCCGUAAAAUGUUUCUAAAUUAUGACUCAGUCGCCUUCAGACACAAAAUGCGACGUUACCAGGUUGUCAGACAUCGAGAGGAAGUUUGUGGACAUUCUGAGCGAGUGCCGCGCGUCCACCUCGCGAGGGUUGUCUCACUCGAGCGGGGACUACGACGGGGGGCGCUGCAGCAGCCGAUGCUCCUGCCUGCGCCAGGCCUACGACAAUAGACCCUGCCUCAUCGUGGACUCCGCUACACGGCUGCACAAGACCAAAUGGCAGUCCUUCAAGAACCUGUUCCGGAUCCGCGGCAAAUGCCUCAAGGGAUGCAACAAAAAGGACAAGAAGGAUAAAGAUAAAAGUGGUGUGGAAAUGAAAGAUGAAGAGCCGCCCGCCUCCGGUCUAGUUGAGAAAAAUGAAGUCAUUGUUAAAUCUUUCAGUAAAGUUUAAAACGUUGGUAUUGUUUAGAUUUAUUCAAAGCUCAUUGUAUUAAAUGUGUAAAUUAUGGUAAAA